AUGGAGAAAGAAACGAACUAUAUAUAGAAAAAUGUAUUUAAGAAGCAGCAAAUAAAAUAAAUUGAGAAGUAAUAAGAAUACAAAAAUGAGCAGUAAUAAGAAUAAUAAAAUUAGCAAUAAUAAGAAGAGAAUAAUGAAUUUAAUAAAGAUAUAAAUUUUAUAAUUUUUGAUGAGUAAAAAUUACUGCUUGAACACUUAAUAUAUAUUUACAAUUGUGAUGAUAAUUAGAUUAAUGUUGACUUUAACUUUGAUUCCAAUAAUCUUGAUACUUUAUUAUUAUAAAUUUAUCAAAUCUUAUCGAAUUACUUUGAAAAAGCUUAAAAUAAAGAACUUCAAACAUUUAUAUAUUAGCAUCUAAUUCUAUUAAGUCAAAAUUUAUUACUAUUAGAAUCAAAAUAAUAUCAAUAUCAAAAAAUUAUAGAAGAAAUAAUUAAAAUUGGAAUUAAUUAAUGUGAAUCUGAGAUAUCUUCUGAGAGCAGCAGUGAAGAUAGUGUUUAAGGUUAAAAUCCUGAAUAAUAGUAAAAAUAAUAAAGCUAAACAGAAAAGAAUGAACAAAAAGAUGAAUAAAAAGAUAUUUACAUAGUUGCUGAAUCAAAAGAAUAAUAAAAAGAAGAAGAAUAAUCAACAAAAUAAUAACAAUAAGAUGAAUAAUCAACAAAAUAAUAACAAUAAGAAGAAUAAUCAACAAAAUAAAAACAAUAAGAUGAAUAAUCGACAGAAUAAUAAAAAGAAGAAUAAUCUAAUUAAAUUCCCUAAAGUGAUCUGACAAUUCAAUCGACUAGCGAGCAAAAUACUUAACCAUAAAUAUUGGAAAAAGAAGAGAAUCAGAAAAGUGAAAAAAUUGCAUAAAAUGAUGAAGGUCCAAAAGAAAUCAAAGUCAAAAAAAAAAAAAUUUAUAUACAACUACCAAUAUGA